ACGCCAGCCAGCCGGGGAGGGGUGGGUAUCGGUGAAGAGUGCUCUCUGCCUCCACCCCCAGGCUCAGUCAGACCCUGCCAGACAUCCCGUUUGGACUCUCCCUGCCGGCUCUGCAGUUUCUCCACUCUCUGCACUGCCACGACCUUCAGCCGGGACCAUGCAGGCCUGCCUGCCCAGGUCAUAUCUGACGCCGGUGAGGGAUGAAGAGGCGGAGUCUCAGAGGAAAGCCAGGUCCCGGCAGGCGAGGCAAACACGGAGGUCCACACAGGGGGUGACGCUCACCGACCUCCGGGAGGCGCAGAGGAGCUACGGCCACUCGAGUUCAGACAGGCACACGGGAGAGUCGCAGAAGACGGGGACCGAGGAGCCAGGUGUGGACUCCCAAGCAGGACAGAGGGAGGCGGAGGAGAGCCGGCCAAGGAGAAACAGGGAGGUUGACGACCUUGGAAACUUGAGGACCUGGGUGGAAGCCCAAGCUGAGAGCUGUACCACGCCUUCUGCAUCCCCACACCGGACCCCCCCCAGCCCGACCAAGUGCCUGUCCUCCCUGGGACUCGACCCCAAUGGAAAUGAACUGGAAGGUGCAGACCAAGGCGGCGGACAGGAUGAACCCUCAGAGGCGGAGCUCAGGCAAAGACAGCGACCGCAGACCCUCGACCAAAGCCUGAGUGCUGAUACGUCAGACGGCACACAGAAGGUUCAACGGGAAGAAGUUUCUCCUCAACUCGUGGCUAAAAGCUUGACCACAAUCUUAGACCAUGACAGAGCAUCUCGGUUGGACAGCGUUUCUGGGUCUAGCUCUACGGACAGCACCACGGAGCGACUCCUGGGUCGCACUGGGUCCUAUACCCGGCGGGAGAACCGGCUGGCGUCCCUGAACAAACCGGAUCAGGAGGGCAGCUCAAAGGAGUACAAAAAGAUGUACGAGGACGCUUUGGCUGAGAAUGAGAAGCUGAAAUCCAGGCUGGAGGACAGCAAGCAGGAGCUGGCCAAAGUCCGUACUCAGCUGGAGAAGGUCACACAGAAGCAGGACAGAAUAUCUGAAAGGUCCAGUGUGCUUGAAUCAGAGAAACGGGAGAAGCGGAUCCUGGAGAAAAAGGUAUCAGAAAUGGAAGAAGAACUUAAGGUACUAACAGAGCUUAAGACUGACAAUCAGAGGCUGAAGGACGAGAACGGGGCGUUGAUCAGGGUCAUCAGCAAGCUGUCCAAGUGAGACACCGCCCCACGUGGCCGCCAAAUUCACCCCGGACUGCUCUUCAUCCUCAUACUCAUCCUUUGAGCCCCACCCAUACGACUGCCGGCAGCAGCUCCUCGGCCAAGGCCGGUGGUGGACUUUUCCAGAGGAAGGAUGUUUACCGGGCAGAUCAGGGGCUCUGUUGUGCAGGUUCGCCACACUCCUGCAUUUUAAGACACCCACACUUGUUUCCGCACCGGAGGUACACGGCCACACUCACACAAGCACGCCUUUACUGUAUGUGUUUGUGCUUAAGUUUAUUUAUAUAUCCUGCGAGUCCCACACAAACAAAUAUCUUUGUUAAAUCACAUCAGAGUUUGUAGUAUGACAGAACCAUUGCUUACGUCUCCUGCACACUUUCCUCGAGUGGGUUUGAAUGCAGCAGCCUUUUAACAGGCUAUAUGAGAUGGAAAUGUUGCACAAGGUUACAUUUUUUUUUUACUUCACGGGAUCACUUUAUUUAUUUACAACAGUAAAUUUUGUAGCCAUACAUCUCGGUAGAUAAAGUACGGUACCGUUGGUUUUGUAAUCCAACUGACAGAUUAUGUUCAUCUUCUGUAUAAACAUAUAGUAGGGACGACAGCGGAGGCCACAUCCAUAAUAGGAAAAUCCACAUUUUCACAUUUAAAAAGUUCUUUAUAAACCAACGUUGUUGCGCUACACGCUAUUACAUGUAUAAUUCAAGCCAGUUUAAUAAAGUUUGGAGAUGAAACGUAAAGAUUCAGAUCAUGAAUGCUCAGGAUGGAUAAUACUGACUGUAAAAUGCAUUUUGCUGAGGGGCUGGGAAUAAAAUGCUCUGCCCUUAGUGUCGGUUCGUCCGGGACCCGCACUGGUGCUGGGUUUGCCGGUAUAUCUUGGCCGAUCUCUCCCUCUUCCCCUGAAUGCUUUACGGACUAUAUAAAUUAUACAUGAUCGCAUUAAAUAUGCAUUAAGCAUAGCUAAAACGUGCGAGAAUAACUCGUUCCGCUGGGCACUGUGUGGCGUAGGAACCAGGGACGUGUAACACCCAAUAUUUCAUUUGGUUUCAUUCAACCACAAAUCCCCUUCAGUCGCGCGUUUUGUAUCCUGAGUUCUGAGUAAUUAUAUGGUGGUUUGCAUAUUGGCAAACGGGGUCAUAAGCUAUAUCAAAUACACAGUACUGUAGAGUACUGUAUAUGAUCAGUGCCCUAUAGAUUAUGUGAGCCUUCUGAAUGACUUGCCUGUAUUCUAUAUGAAAAUAAAGGAGGACAUAUGAAUGCAUUUUGUUAUACCUGUAUACAUCACGAUUUAUAUGAUCUAUAUUUUAUGAUAAAUAGGGCUUUGUUAAAUAUAUCUGGUUUUCAAAAAGAA